GUCGCCGCCGUGCCGCCGAGGGGUCGCCAUGCCGGGGGGCGGCUGGCCGCAGGGGCCCUGGGCCGCGGGGCGGCGCUGGACCCGCUACCUCCGCGGGUCCAGGUCGCCCGGCAACGCGGUGGACGCGGCGGCAGCCGCCGCGAUGAGCUCCAAGAGCGGCAAGAAGAAGGAGGUCGGGAGCCGCAGCAGCUCCGGGCUCCUGGGCCCCAAAGAGACAUCUACGUAUCAAGUAGGUAAUUCAAGAUUUCCUAUUUGGCCAGAAUGGAAUGAAGCUGACAUCAAUGCAGAAAAAUGGGAUGCAGGAAAAGUUGGAAAAGAGAAAGAAAAAUCUGGAAAAAGUCCUAUUUCACAUGUCUUUGAUGAUCCUGAAGGAAAAAUAAAAUUGCCAACAUCCUUAAAAGUGCAUUCGUGGAAACGGCCACAAGAGUUUUUAACAAAUAAGAUUCCUGUGGUGGUCAAAAAUGAAAACUCAUGUGAUCUUUUUUUAGCAAAUGAGCAUUUAUUUUGUAGUGAGAUGAUGAGAUGGAUUAUAAGUGAAAUUUGUGCAAUCUGGAGGAUGUAUAAUGGAAAGGACUUAACUAAUGGAACAUCCAUGGUAUUUUGGAAACCAUGGGAACAUAUUUAUGCCUUAUGUAAAGCUACUAAGGGACACAUGCCUCUAUACAAUAGCUAUGGCAAAUACAUAGUGAAACUUUAUUGGAUGGGGUGCUGGAGAAAGAUCACUGUGGAUGAUACUAUGCCUUUCAAUGAAGAAGAUAAUUUGUUACUACCAGCUACAACCUGUCAAGUUGAACUUUGGCCAAUGUUGCUGUCCAAAGCUAUCAUUAAGCUGGCAAAUACUAGUAUGCAUGAAAAUGGAAAAAGAGAGCUCGAGGACGUUACAGUUCUACAUGCACUGACUGGAUGGAUACCAGAAGUUAUUCCUCUCCAGCCUGGAUACUUGAACAAAGUCUGGGACUUUUUGAAAGAGAUUUUGCCAGAAUUCAAGUUGACAAAUGAGGAAACUUCAGGACUUGAUAAUCCUCGGACAUAUACAAAAUGUAAAGAGACCAAAGUGUCAGAGUUAAAAAAUGAAGUUUCAUCUGUGAAUAAACAGCCAGAUAAACCUGAGAAAGCAGAGAAAUUUGGCAAAGAAAAAGCAGAACAGAAAGAAACUGGGAAGAAGAAAAACAAAGAUGGAGAAAAAGAAAAAAACAAGUCAGCAAUUCAGUCUUCACAAAUGCUGGCAGAAAUCCAGGGUUCUCCUCAAGUCUUAGCUGAGAGUUCUUCUGUACGAACCCAGCCAGAUAUGGCAGUAUAUGCUGAUUGUAUUCCAUUACAUUUGCUUGAAGCGGAGGUGUUUUCAUUAGAUCAAAUGGCUGGUUCUUCAGAGAAUCUGAGGCAAUAUGGGCUUUUGCAAGUAUAUAGCCAUCCUGUCCUGGUUACUAGAACGAGGUCCUGCCCUUUGGUAGCACCACCACAAUCACCACCAGUUCCUCGCUGGAAACGUUUCCGUCAGAAAAAGGAAACUGUUGUGACAUCUGAACCUCAAGAGCCUGUGAUAAAGAAACCUGAACAAUACAUCGAGAUUGCUAGCCUAUUUUUGAACUACAAAUUAAAUUCUAUCACAAUACCAAAAGAUGUUUGCUUCCCACAGUCUACCAUCAAAAAAGGAUUUCAUUCACUGACCCAACUCCCUUCUGUCACUGAACAUGCUGAAAAUGUAAAUGACAGUAAUGUGGCUAUGAUUCAAAGUGAGAGACACUUAAAUGCGGAAGAUUAUUCUCAGGAUCAGCAUAAUGCAGAGACACCCACUGAAAACGAAUUGCAUGAAAAUAUUAGUUCUGAUGCAAAACAAAUGUCAGAAACAGCUGAUACUGAUAUGAACAGCCAGAGAGAGGAUAAAUCAAAGGAAGAAGUCAAGUCAGAAAUUACUUCUGUUUCCAAGGAAACCUGGAUUAGCUUUGAAGACUUCUGUGUUUGUUUCCAGAACCUAUAUGUUUUCCAUAAGCCACACACAUAUGCUUAUAAUUACCAGAAGACAGAUUUUAAGUCUACUGAUGAUCGAGUCCUCUAUUAUUUACUUGUGGACAGUCUGAUGCCCAUUGAAAUACUGGUUAGUUUCUCUGCAUUAGUACGCUGGGACAUUGGAGCUACUAAACAAGAAGCUUCUAGUACUUCAAAGGCAAUGCUGAUGGUUGAACAUUUCUCUUGGAAAUGUGCAACUCCUGGGGAGCUUGUGCUGAAGAUGCAUACAUAUGCAACCAAAGCUACUGUGUUAAAUCUUCCUGUCGGGCGACACAUACUGCUAUUCACAGUAAAUUCUCCCAUAGGAUACCAUAUUCAUCUCUGUAGCAUGGUGCCGUGUGUUUUUGGAGAAGAGGAUGCUGUGAUUCCAAGUCUAGAAAAGGAGAGCUUCAGAUUUAUAGAACAAGCUACAGCAAUCCUGAAAGCUAUUGGUAAUGUGAUAAAUAAUUUCAGCAAUAAGCCUGAACUUUGCGAAGCCUUGAAGGAAUUGAAGCUAGCUCACUGUCCUCCUGGCCUCCAGGGUACUGGAAUGGCUGAAGAGCACUUCAAGGUUUUCAAUACUGCAUUUUGGUAUUUGAUUAAAUAUGUGUUGGGCGAGAAGGUUCCUUACAGAUAUAAAUUUGCCUUCAGGUCCUUCACUUUGGAUUUUAAAGACACCGAGAUUUUUGAGGAUGACAGUGUGUCUUCAGCAAGCAGCUACAGGACUUCCAGCUUUAAUGAUGUUGCUCAUUCUCUUACUUCGGAGAGUUCUGAGGUUAACUCAUCUGGUAUCUGGCAGAAAAGAAUUCCCACUUUUGAAGAAGAAGCAGCGGCUCUUAAACUCCAAGCCAUUUGGAGGGGAGCUUAUGUGAGGAAAGUACUGAACAGCAGAAAACCAGGUACUAAAGAAAACACUAUUGUCAAAGAAACCUUGCAAAAAUUGUGGACUGCAAUUGAAUUAAAUUUUGAACAGUGUGCUGUAAUACUUUUAAGAGAGAUGUUUAAAAAAAACUGUAAGUCAAUUGAAAAGUUUCCUUGCUAUGAAGAUGAGUGGUGUAAGGUCUCUUUUGCCGACUAUGCUGUAACAUAUGCUGAUCAGCCACCAAAUAUUUGGUUUGUGAUUUUUAGGGAAAUAUUUAUUUUUCCAGAAGAUAUGCUUAUAGUGCCAAAGAUGUAUACCACUAUCCCUUCCUGUAGACUUCAUGUAGUUGAUAAUGACACUCUGGAGGAAAUGCCACAUGUCUUUUUCAAAGUGACACCUCAGGUUUAUCCCAAAAAUAAGAAAGGAUAUACAUUUAUGGCUGAAGCAUGUACUGGUGACCUGUCUGUGCCUGCUGGAAGAUGGAGGCUCCGGCUCAUCGGUUCUCAUAGUCCACUCCCGUUCCUCUCUCGUGAGACUGUAAAUAACAUCUUUUCUACUAAAGAAAUUAAGGAAUAUUACAUACCCAAUGACAAACAUGUAAUGUUCAGGUAUUUAGUAAAAGUCACAGCAUCACAUAUUAUCACAGUGCAAGUACAAACCUCUAAACCAGAUGUGUUCUUUAAACUACAAGUCCUAGAUAAUGAGGAAGAAAUUGUGAGUGUCACUGGAAAGGGCCAUGCAGUCAUUCCUGCUUUUAAUUUCUUGAGUAAUGAAACACAUUUGAGUUCCAAUGGAAGUAAAACCCAGAUUAUUCAAAGCAUUACAAAGAAGGAUUCAGAAACUGGAGGAUUAAAAAAAAAAGGUCAUAUUGCAACUCCAAAGGAUACCAAAGCUUCUUUCAAGCCAGGAUCUUUAAAAGAUUUAUUUACAUUAGAAGAAGAAUCUCUCCUCUUCGAAAACUUUGAAAAUAGUAAUAGAAGUCCACAACAAUCUCACAGGUAUAUCAUACAGGCAUUGGUGUUAUAUAAUAGUUGGCCACUUACAGAGAGUCAGUUGCUGUUUGUUCAGACACUGAAAGAAAUGGAGAAAAAUGAAAUCAAAGCACAUGGUGAAAAACAUGAGGAGCACAGUUUUCCCCCAGCGCUUAAUAAUCUUGAAGGACAAAGGUCUGCAAGUGUUCCUAAAUCAACCAGAAAAUCAAAAGAGAAAGCAACUGAGAAGACAGAAAAGGACAAGUCCAAUAAAGAAAAGGGAUCACUUAUGUCUCUUGUAUUUCAACCUGAAUAUGAGCAAGCUGCUUUAAACAAACCGUACUGGACUUUACGUCUAGUUAGUGAGCAGAGAGAGGCAGAAGUUCUGGAGGUGAAGAAAGACACCCAGCGAGCAGAUGAGAUCAAAGCCAUGAAACAAGCAUGGGAGUCUGCAGAGCCAGGAAGAGCUGUCAAGGCUUUUCAGGAACGCAUGAAGUUUAUUAAUAAGCAUGCUGCAAGAGAUUCAGAGGAGUCUGUAGCUGAGACUGACAUUGCUGAUUUAACACCCAGAUCAGAAGAAAGAGGUUCUUUUUCUCUUACCUCAGAAAAGAGAAAAUCACAAGCAGCUAUUGACCUAAGUUUACCAAUGCAGCAGAAAAAAUGGAAGCCUCCAGACCUUAGUCCUUACAUGAGAAAAACAAUGUCUGAAUCUGUGCUAAGAAAUGAGUCUAUCAUUCAACAGCAAGAGAUACAUAAACUGGAAAAAAUCAACCAUUUUAGAGAACUUCGAGAGCUGGUUUUGGAGCAAAGAGAAAAAGAGCAAAAUGCUAGAGCUUUAUUGAAGCAAAAUAUACUUGAAAUGUAUGAGAAGCUACAGGCAUCCUUAGAUGAAGCACGAGGCCAAGUUCACAGCAUUCGGGAAGCAUACAGAAGCAAGCUGCUAGAGGUUGAACGCAGAAAACGUGAAGAACUGGCAGCUCAAGAAGCAAUCCUGCAAACAGAACAAGAAAAGAAAAGCCCAGAAGCACACAAAAAAAAGCAAGGAAAAGGAUUAGGAAAAAGAAAGUAGCUGAUAGUACUACUGAAUUGUACUUAACUCUUUGGGAAAUAAAAUCUAUAUGCAAAGAUGAAA